AACCUCCACGUGCUCCCGUGAAUGCUCGAUUUCCUCGCGCCGCCUCGAGCGGAUCAAAGGCGACGCAAGUCAAAUUCUGGCUUGCGUCGAUCAAUCAGCUCCUCGGGAAUAUCGUGAGCAAUUCCCUUCGCGAGGGAUCUCUUUUUUUCCCUCCCAGGAUUAUUUCACGUGAUGUUACUACAUCGUGACGAAAAUCUCCUCUUCGGUCAUUUCAGCGAACCUGGACUCAAGACUGCUCGGAAGUCUGAUCUCGGUGGUCGGUGGUUUAGCAGCCUGCUGAGAAUUACUAAUUCGCGUAGUACGAGAAGCUGUGCGCAGCAAAGAGAUGCCUCUGCGAGCAGAAGGUCGCCCAGACACAGUGGCAUAGACACCCACUGAAGGGCUGCUAUGCUAGUAGCAGAAUCCCGCUGAGCGGAGGCCGUGACUCGCCCUGAGAAUAAUCCGUGGCGUUUUCUACCAGGUUUCGUGAUCGCUGGUAGCGUUGCUGACAGGAAUUACAAGAGAUUUUGGAGAAUUGUAAGAGCGAAAGAGCAUCAGGAACCACUAGAGAUUCCCCUUCCCCUUGUCACAAUCUCGACAGCGCCACCACGCAAGUGUGCCUUGCAACUGCUGUGACUCUCAGGCCGUGUGUUGGAAAGUACACUGUCGGCACGCAGCAUGGCUACUUCCACGUGGGUGACUCGGAAUUCGUUCUUCGAGAAUGGGCUUCACGAGUGGUACGCGUUAAGAGGAGGUAACGGCAAGUGCCGCCUGGUUGUGGCUACAGCAGAUUGUAUGGGCCAUAUCGGCCAUAAUCUCCGACCUCAGCUGCAGCAGCAGCAGCAGCAGCAGGAUCACGAGCAAGUGGCACUAGUGGUGGGACGCACGGAGGCAUGGCAGGGCAUGGCGCAGGACAUCCACUCGCAUCUCACACCAAACCACACCUACAGUGCCACUGCUGACGUCAGCGUCAGAGACUCCGGUAAGGCAGCAGCACGAAGGGUGGCAGGGAGGGAGGCGGGAGGGGAGGAGAGAGGGGAGGCGGGAAGGCAGGCGGUGCCUGUGAUUGUGACAGUGCGAUGGGACUUCACAGAAGGCCCUCAAUACGCCCAAGCGUGCAGGGCCCUGGUGAGGGAGGGAACGUGGGUUAGACUGCAUGGCGAGUUCACUGCUCCGCACCGCAUCCCCCCCAAAGUAACAGCCUAUAUCGAGGGCCCUCCUCCCACAUUCGACCUCCUUAUUAGCUGCUUCGCUAUAGUCUCUGCAUCCUACCCACAACCCACUUUCCCCCCUCUUCCGCCUACUCUCAGCUCUACUGCUGCUGCUGCUGCUGCUGAUGGUGCCAACACACCCCUCCCUGUUCCUCCUCUUGGUGCUCCUAAGGCAGCAGCAUCAGCAGCACCACCACCAUGCUCUACUCUCCCUCCUCUCCGCCCUCCCUCCUCACCCCGCCCCAACCUCCUUAUCAAUGGUGGUUUUGCCCUCCGCACUGCCAGCUGGCGGCCCAUGGGUGGCUGUGAGACGCUGACGUGGCACCCGCCCUGCCCCUGGGGCUCCCCCAUUGGCCCUCCUGCAGAGUCCUCCUCCCUGCCUGCAUCUCACCCUUGCACCGUGUUUGAUAGGAAGCAGAUGCAUCUGCACGCACAGUGGCAGCAGCAGCAGCAGCAGCAGCAACUGGAGCAGCAACUGCCUGCAUCCAUGCCUGCUUCCUCCACCCCUUUAGCGGGGCCCACUGGUGCCUAUUUGGAGGUGACAGGUAGGACUGCCACGUGGCAUGGGCCAGCUCAGGACAUGGCUGCAGCCAAUCACAACCCUCUCAGCAACACUGCUGCUACUGCAUCCACGUGUAGUGAUGGCGUUGCUGACGGUGGGCCGAUUCGUCUGUUUGUGACGUAUGCUGUGAGCGCGUGGGUGCGGGUGGGGAGGGACAGACGGCAAAAAAUGCUCAAGGGUACCUUGUCCCUUUAUGGAAGAAAAGAGGAGGGAGAGUGCGUGGGAGGAGAAACAGGAGCAAAAGAAAGGGUGGGAGUGGAAGGAAGAGUGGGGUCACAUGAAGUGAAUAUUGCGCUGGGAGUGGAUGGUGGGUGGGUGAAUGCCGGGUCGGUGGAAGCUUCUGGGAAGGAGUGGGUGCGAUGCUGGGGGUCGUUUCGCUUGGAGAAGCAGUACCAGCAGGCGGUGCUGUACGUGCAGGGCCCGCCGCCAGGUGUCAGCAUCCUAUUGGCCGACAUGCGUGUGGUACCUGUGGAGUGGCGGGAGAGGGUGCCGUGGCUGCGACUGCAAGCAGACAGGGUCCGCAAGGGCUCUCUCCAUCUGCGUCUUCUCGAUGCUGCCGGCCAGCCAAUCCCCUCCGCCCAUGUGUCGGCCAACCAGACGCGCCGCUCCUUCCCCCUGGGGUGCUGCGUGAACGCCAGAGACCUGCUGGGGAGCCCUCGGUACCAGUCAGCGUUCCUGAGAUGGUUCACCUGGGGCGUGUGUGAGAACGAGAUGAAGUGGACGAGUGUGGAGGCCAGGCGGGGAGACGAGGACUGGAGGGAUGCUGAUGCCAUGGUUGCGUGGAUGCAGGCGCAUGGAGUGGCAAUGAGGGCCCACUGUCUUUUUUGGGACAACAUGCGGCCAAAUUGGGUGGAAGGGCUUUCGUUGAAGGACCUCAAAAAAGCCAUUGACCAUCACAUCGCAUCGCUGCUCACCCGCUACCCCACCUCCUGUUUUUCUCACAUGGAUGUCAACAACGAGAUGCUACAUGGGGGGUACUUCCACUCGCACUGUGGCCCGUCCACCAUCGUCCGAAUGUUUCAGUUUGCCGCCCAGGUUGACCCCUCUCUUGUCCUUUUCCUCAACGAGUAUCACGUGGAGGACGGCGAGGAUCACAAGAGCCGCCCGGAGAAAUACGCGCAGUUCGCCCGCCAGCUCAUCGCCAGCGGGGCGCCAGUUGGCGGGCUGGGGACGCAGUGCCACAUCAGCGCGCCAGUUGGCGCACACAUGAGGCAUGCCUGGAGCAUCCUGGCGGAUGUAGGGUUACCAGUUUGGGUUACGGAGUUAGAUGUGAGUUCUGAAGACGAACGGGUGAGAGCGGACGAUUUGGAGAUUUGUCUCAGGGAGGCGUUUGCACAUGGGGGAGUGGAAGGGGUGAUGCUAUGGGGCUUCUGGGAAGGUUCCGGCCCGGAGCAACCGUCUAUGUCGAGGAAAGAUGCACACUUGGUGCGUUCUGAUUGGUCGUUGACGGAAGCGGGGGGGAGAUUGGAUCUGCUGCUGGAGGAAUGGACAACAAGGGGGGUUGAGGGGAGGACGGAUGAGGAGGGGGGGGUUGUGAUAGAGGGGUAUGGGGGGGAGUAUGAGGUAGUGGUGAGACAUGGAGGGGAGGAGUGGAAGAAAGUUGUAGAAGUGAUGCCACGAAAAGCAAGCUCCCUUGUUUGGAGGCUUGGAGAAAGGCAGGAGGAGGGCUGAUACCGUAUCUCUUGUUUCAGCUUGCAUGUACAGUACAACCGGUAGUAGACCGCUUCAUAAAUAAGGUUUCAUCGAAGAACAGGAGUAGCAUCGGCUUGUAUGCAUCUACUGGGAGCUGGAAGAAUGGCCCGAGCACAACUCAUUCUAGCAACUAGACCGGGGCACAAGCCGAGCAGAAGCGGCACGUCUCGAGCCAGCUGGCCUGAUGCCAUUGCCUGCCCGGCUGGAGGCUCGUGUAAAUGGGCCGAGCAGGGGACUGGCUUCUGACAAGCUGAUGGCCCAUGCGCUUAGCAUGAAUUUCAUUGUAGUCGCACCCUGACUAAACCCCACGCAUAUCC